AUGAUCAUGGUAUGGAUUACACUGAGUUUUCUUCAUCAAGGGUAUUCUCUGGUCCCAGUGAAAUUUGUUCAGCUUGGUGAAGCAGCAACAGUAACAUGUGCUUUACCCAUUAAAGAAUUCGGCAGUAUAACAGUCCAUUGGUACAAGCAGAGUCCUGGAGAUGGUCUUAAAUUAAUUGUGACAUUGUCAAAAUCAGCACCACCUGAAUAUAGUCCUGAAUUUUCUAGAAAGAGAUUUAAUGUGGAAAAUGCUAAUAAUUUUUGCAACCUGACCAUUCUGAAGACAGUCCAAGAGGAUGAGGGAAUCUAUCACUGUGGAAUAGCUGAGUGGAUGUAUCCCAUUCAGUGGAGUGAGACGUAUUUGUCAGUAAAGGGACAUACUCAGAUGACAUCAAACUAUACUGUUGUUCAGUGGCCGACAGCAUUAGACCCACUCCAUCCAGGAGAAUCAGUGACUCUGCAAUGUUCAAUCAUCUCUGUCUUUGACAAAGCAACAUGUCCAGAAGAUCUUAGUGUCUUUUGGUUCAGAGCCGGAUCAAAUAAAUCUCAUCCAAACAUCAUCUAUACUGAUGGAAAUACACAUGAUGAAUGUGAGAAACGUUCGGAGACUCAGAAGAGAUGUGUUUAUCACUUCUCUAAGAACAUCAGCUCCUCUGAUGCUGGGACUUACUACUGUGCUGUGGCCACAUGUGGGGAGAUAUUAUUUGGAAAUGGAACUAAAGUGAAUAUUCAAGGUACGUCUACCGUCAUAUGUUCAUUUGAAUAUUUGAAAAUGUAA